AUGGAGCUCUACCUCAGCGCCUGCUCCAAGGCGGCCAACGUCGCCGCCAGCAAGUCGGCCACCAGCGGCCUGGCCGCAGACAGCCAGCAGUGCGGAGACGGUGUGCACAAAACCCACUUUCCGGGUGUCGGAGCGGCUCAACUCCUGGAUCUGCCUCUCGGGGUCAAGCUGCCUAUGAUCCCAGGAAGCAACACUCUGUACUAUACUACAAAGUUAAGUGAAAAGCUUUUUCGACCUUCUUAUGGUUUUAAUCUGACUGACCCUUACUGUCGACUUUUGGAAAACCAGUAUAAAAGUCUCCACGAUCCACAUUUGAGAGCAUACUAUAAGCGCAAAGAUAUCCUGAGGAGGUUAAAGAAAGGUGGCUACAUCACCAGCAAUAAUAAAAUUGUAUGUACCUUGAGGGAAUUGAAUAAGUACAGGCAAUAUCUUACCAGUUUAAAAUUAGACUUUGAAAGAAACUAUAUAAGAGAACAAAAAGUGCUUGCGAAGCAAGUAAAUAAACUACAGGAAAAUAAUCAAAUACCUCGACGUUCUGAUGUUGCACAGUUCCAAAAUUGGUUGUUACAAGAUGGCACCCAACCUAUUAAGGACCAGGAACGACUAAUAAGGCACAGGUAUUUGGAUAUGAUAAGUAAGGAAUUAGAACAACUUGAGCACGCAGCAGAAGAGCAGCACCUCGUCCGCAUGGACAGAGAAGAAAGACGACAGCGGGAACAGACAAGGAGAAAACUGAUUCUGCGUCGAAAAAUUGAAGAGGAAUGGAAGACCAAAGAGAUGUUACUUCUGACCAAGAUUGGAGAAGAUGUCAGAAGAGAAGCUAGGAUAGAGGAGCAACGGCGUAGAAGCAGAGAAGAGAGCGACAGGAAGAAACAAGCCCUUCUAGAGAAAAAAAUGGCUUAUCACUUACAGAAAAUUCAAGAAAAUGGCUUUAAAAGAGAUGAGAGGAGAAAAAAUACAUUUGAUUACAGAGGACAAGAUGGAACAUAUUCUUCUUCUCCAAAGAAGAAAAAGAAGUUUUCUGAAGAUGUAAAGUUAGUUUACUCUGUUACUGAUCAGACAGCAAAUAAAGGAGGAUACGAACCUGCAGCAAAUGCCAUUUAUGGAUCCCUAAGUAAUUCAAAGAAUGUGGUCAAAAUUUCAGCUUCAAAUGUUUGUCAGCCAUAUGUACAAGAUAAUGGUACUGAACAAAAGAAAGAUGGAGUGGUAACUAAAAAGUCAAGUCUUGAUGAUAGAGGAGCUAUGUACAUCUCAGCUCGAGAUUCAAUUAUUUCAGCUCAAACUUCGCCCACAAGAAAUUUUCACAGACCUUCCCAAUCUUAUUUGGAUCCUCCAAAAGAUGAGAAGGAGAUUAAUGCUGAUUGGAAUGAAAGACCAAACAGGAGACCAAGCUACCUCUGUGAAUCAGGACCUCAGUCUCGUGUCAGAGGCCAGAAUAUUUUCACUUCUCGUGUUUUCUCAAAUACACAACAGGACCUCCUACAAAAUUGCUUGCAAGAAAAAGUAACUUCUGAAGAACUGAAUAGCAUAAUUCAGAAUAUAAUGACUUGGGUUGUGGCUACAGUGACUAGUAUAUUAUACCCAGCCAUAACAAAGUAUGAAGAAAGGUUGCGAAAUAAUGCACACCCAGUGUCUGAUGACUCUGUCCUUUCUUCAGAUAGUUCGAGUUUCUGUAGCACAUGCAGUGAAGAGCUUACAUAUGGAAGCUACACAUCUGCAACAACUAAAACAUUUCAGGGAGAGCCCUGUGCAUUUGCAGUUGACAUAUCAGUAAGACGACCAACGACACCUUUGAAACCACCCCCUGCCCAUGUGGAAAGAACAGUUGUGGGAAAAACAUAUCACAUGGAAGAACAGAGUAUAACAUCUAAACUCAAAUAUAAUAAAACCAGCUUGACAUAUGGAUACCCUAAGCUCAGAAGCUGUAAAUCUGACAGUCACCUUUUAGCAUCAUUUGAAACAGGCACAAAAAAAUCUAAGGAUGCUACCACUGAAACAGUUGGCUUAGAGAGUCCACUGUUAUCUAGUCAAAAAGCAAAAGCGAUGAAUGAAGUGAAGAAUUUAAAGAAUGUUUUUGUUAACUUUAAGUGUCACUUAAAAGGGGAAACUGAAUUGAUUUUAGAAAGCAUUUUUCAAGAAAUAAUGUCUGAUUUAACACAAGCCAUUCCCUCUAUUUCUUCUGUUACUGCUGAAGUUUUUGUUGACCAAAGUCAGCCUGAAAAAGGAGACUUGCUCUCCAAUGUUGAUAUCUGUUCAGUAGCUUCAGAGAUUGUGGAAAAUAUGCUUGAGAAGCUACAGUCUGCUGUUGAGAAAAAAUGUGUUGAGAUGUUUUCGCAAGAGGAUUUGUCAGUCGACAUCAAACCAAACUUAACAUCCACUGGAAAAGAUCUCACUCCAUCAAAUGGAAAACCUUUAGAGACUUCACUGCCUUUGGAUCCCAUGUGUGAUAUUGCAGAGGAUAUGGUGUAUGGCAUUUUGGAGAAGCUGGUGACUCUUGCUUCUUGUAAGCAAAGUGAACUUCCCCAUCUUGAAGAUGCAACUAAACUUUCCCAUCAGCAACAUAUGAUAGAUCCAAAAGCCGACAAAAAGAAGUGUAGUUCUGAACCUGAUACAGCUAAUUUAAUUGUUAAGGAAGAAAUACAAAAUUUAAUAUCAAAUAUUUUUUCCAAGUCUUCUUUGGUUGGCCAAAUAGAGGAAGCGAUCAGCACUAUACUAGGAUAUGUACAAAGUGAACUUAAAAAUGAGAGACUUAUUGCAUCUGAAGAAACAGUAGUACUCCUUCAGCUACUCGAUGAAAUCUUCACUCAGCUACAUCAGAAGCCAGUAAAAGCUGAUGUUCAGAAAUGUAAACACUCUAGACUGAGAAAUCCUUCUGACAUUGAAGAAAAGUACAGACUCACUGGUACUAGAUUAUCUAAUGGUCCUAGGUCGGGAAGACCAUUUCCACCUGUCAAUGUUCCUGGCAUGGUCCUUUAUUCUGAAGAUGAUAGUGAAGAAAUAGACAAAAUUGUGGAAAAUGUACUUGAUUCAUCUUUCAAAGAGGAAAAAGCAAAAUCACAAGAGCAGGUUCCUGAGCAUUGGUUUACAAAAGGAAACACUUGUUUUGAAUACAAAAGAAAUAGCAGACCACCUACAAAGCCUGCUUCUGGAAGAAGCAAAGUUGCAUUUUGUCAUGGGGGAUUAGAGACUAAGCUACUAUCUUUUACUAAUAAAGAAAUUUUAAAGGAAAAACCCUGUUUGAAUAGAGACAUUUUGAUUUUCAGCCAAGAUCAAAAGCAUCAAAUACAAAAGGCUUCAGAAAAUGUAGUUAAAAGUAUUUUAACAGAAAUGCUCAAGGACAUAUCUUCUGUUCCCCCUGGUCACUUAGACAGUAAAACUGGCAAGGAAGCUUCAGUUCUUGUUUCAGAAAAACCUCAAGGACUGUCACAUCAAGAAUGGAUGGACCAGAUGUUCUCUGUGUCAGAAAUUACUACAGUGGCUCAAGAAAUAACAGAUGCUGUGUUAAAUAUACUUCAUAAGGCAUCAAGCUGCAAUCCCCAAAUCACCAGAAGUUCCGUUUCACCAUCAGUUCAUCAAACUUCUCUAGAUAGUUCUGACACUCCCCACAUGGUCAAAGAAGCACCAAAUAAAAAGCCAUUAAAACUAUGGUUUGACAGUGAAAAUAAAAUGAAAUGCUUAUCUUCAGUCAAUGUAGAUCCUCAAAAGCCUUCCCUGUUAAAAUCUGAAGAAAGCGAACCUCAACCUAUAGAUGACAUUACUGAUAAGAUCAUUAACACAAUUUUUGAAAGGCUGAAGUUACUCAUUUGUUCAAAAUUGCCAAUGUGCUUCAAACCUUCACCUGCAGAGCAAUCUUCAUUACAAUCUCAACUUAGCACUUACACAACUAAAGUGGUAAACAUUGUUUUGCAUGCUAUUCAGAAUGAACUGGAACUCAAUAAGAAAAACCUCAAUCUUGGGGAAAUAGACCAUACCAAAUCCCUUAAAGGUAAAGGAGUUUUUGCUGACACUGAUAACUCAGACUCUUUUGUCCCAAAUCUCAAUGAUGACAUUAUGGCGUCUCCAUUACUAACUUGUAUUUGUGAAAUUUUAUCAAGUGAAUAUUCAGAUCAAAGCAAUAUUUCACUCUCUUCUGAUAAGUCAAGGUCCACAAUUUCAUAUGGAACUGACAAUGUUGGUAAACAAAACAUUUUGCCAAGUAGGCAGGAUAAAAAAUCUUUUGCCAAAUAUUUAGCUACUCCGUGUGCUCUCCACAGUGUCUUUAAUGAAAAAGAUCUCAAAGAGAAUGCCAGAUUGCAAGUAUUAGAUAGUAUUGGGGAAACAGUGUCUGAAAUGUUAUGCAAGCUCAUAGGAGCCCAUCCUCACUGUCAGCCAUCUUGCAGUAAGCUCAACAGAGAGAAGAUGAAUGAGAAUCAGCAAACGGCUACUGAAUUGCAGUCUAAUAUUCAGCUCACUUCCAAAACAAUUUUGGAAUAUAUACUCGCAAAAUUAUGUGAUGUUGACAUGGAUACCAGUUUUGCAAGUUCUGGAUUUAAAGCUGUCUCAGAGUCUCUUGAUAUUGACAGCCUAUCAUUUGCUUCAAUUAUUGAGGAAAUGACCAAAUGCACUGACAUCAUCUCCAGCAUAGUUUCCAGGAUGAUUCAGGGGGGUAAUAAAGAGGUGACUAAAAGCAAGGCAAAAACUGUUGCUCCUGUGUCUUCCAAAACAGGAAGCUUAAAAGAAACACAUCCAAAUAAACUGAAGGCUGUGGCUGCAGAUAUUCUUAAUAUGGUUUUUGCUAAACUGGAAGGGUUUGCCAAUGGAAAUUUAGAAACUCUGGGUUCUAUUAAUGAUGGAAAUAAAAAAAGCAAUACGAUGGAUUUGGAAUGUGAAAGUCUCAGUGUUUUCACAGACACACACGAAGAACUAUUGAAAUCUGCUUUAUACAUGAAUGCAAAGAAGGUAUCAAGUACUAUUUUGAAAGCUAUUCAAACAGAAUUAAAUAUGAACUCAUUAGAUUUGAGGACGAGUGUAAAAACCCCAUCACCUGAGAAACAAAUGCUUAAGAAUAUAGUCAAUUUAAUUUUAGAUGCAGUAUCCUCAGAUAUGUUUAAUGAAACUGAAUCUGAAGAGAGAGACGUUGAAACUUAUCGAUACAGGCCAACGUAUGGAAAUCUUCUCCCUGGAGGAGCUGAAUCAGAUUCAUUUCUAGAAGAUGCUGCACAUACAGAGAGAGAAUUCAUUGGAGAGAGAACAUCGCUAAGAGAAGCUAAAUCAGAUUCUCUGAAACAAUGGUUUCUAGAAAGAACCUUAAACAAAAUUGAAGUGAAACUCAAAGAAACACAGAAAUCUCCAAUCGUUCCUAUUAUAAGAAAUAUUUUGAAUGAAAUUUUUCAAAAUGCUUUGGUCAAUCAAUUAAAUGUGCUUUCUCUCUCCCACUCUCAUUUAAGUGGCAUCUCUCACAAUGUUGAUGAGCCAAUUGCUCAAACAUCUGUUCAAUUUAUAGAUAAAAUGAUGGGUCCUUUGGUAUCUGAAGCAGAUGUAACCAUAGUGGCAGAUGAUGUUGUUAGAACUGUAUUUCAUAAACUUUAUUCAGCUGCUAUGACAGAGAGAAAUGCAAGUAAAAAUAGGUAUAAAACCGUCACUUUUUCAGCAAAUAUUUCUUUUCAUGAACACACCUAUGGAGGAAGGCCCUCUGUUACUGUGCUGGACAAGAAACCAUGUACUCUUCAGUCCACAUUCAAUGUUGACAAACAGGCCAAAGUAAAUGUAGUUGAAGAUAUUGUGCAGGCAAUCUUAACAAAUUUAGAAACUUUCGCUACUUCCAAAGUAAAAUCUCUCUUUUGUCCCCAAAUCAACUUCACAGUUCCAGUGGCUUUAUCUAUUCAGCAGGAUGAGAGUGCAUUAAGCAAAGCAUUAUCAGCCAAAGAUUCAUAUUCUGAUGAUCAAUUUUUAUGUUGCUCAAUGGAUCAUAUUACUUCGGAAAAGACCAACUCAUUGUGUCAACUCCCUUUGAAUAAAUUAAAUAUAUAUGCAACAGAAGUUGCCAGAAAAAUUUUACAAGGAAUCAAACAUGAGUUGGAUAAAGAAAGGGAAAGUCCUUUUGUAACUCAUAACAUUGUGGUUUCUGAAAGUAUUGCAAGUCAGAUUGUGAACACAGUGUUAGAUAUUGUAUCAUCUAAAGGCAAAUAUGACAAAAACAAUUCUCACAAAGAAGUUGAUUCAGAUCAGCAAGAAGGUAUUAUUGAAAAGCUGUUUAAUAAGACCAAAUAUCGAAAAGUACUUCAGUUUAAAAUGCAAGAUACUAUUGAAGGUAUCUUAUGUGAUAUUUAUGAAAAAACGUUGUAUCAGAAUAAUCUCUCACUUGCCACACACGCUCUGAAAGGUAGCCUAACUGGUAAACAUUUCCAAGCAAAUUCUGAAAUGUUCAUUGAGGGUGCAAAUAAGAUUAUUCCAAAACUUUCAGUUCCUAAGUCAGAUGUCAUUUUGAUAUCCAAUGAUAUAGUGGAUAUUGUUCUUCAUAAUCUCAGUUCUGCCAUCAUGCUUGGCAUAAAUCCAAAGAAUUCUACUGCUGCAAGAUUGCCCCUCACAUUUUGCGAUAUGUUUCCAAAAGCAGACUGUCAACAGCCUCCUCUUACAGGGUCAAAAAGUGAAGGAAAAACAGGGUGUUUCCCAUCUUCAAGAAAUCUGAAAUUAGUCUGUGCUGACGAUAGUCAGAUAACUGUAGUAGAGAGAGAAGACACCAAGAAAUUUGCUCCUGACACAUGUGAGGAAAAUGCUAACUUCAUUACUGAAACUAUUUUCAAUCGGUUAGAAUCUUUUGCCACAGAAAGAAUAGAUUCAUUAAUUACUCUUGUUUUCCAGCCUAAAGAAAAGUCAUUUGUUAGCUCGGAACUGGAAAAUUGUAAACAAGAUGACAGCAUCUUUCAUGAGUCAAGCCAAGUGGAAUCAAAUGUGGAUGUCCUGAAAAUAUCAACUGAAACUAUUCUCAGCCAAGAGCUUGCAGAUUCCACUUUUGCCAGUUACAGAGAAAAACUUGGAUCCACAAUUCAUCUAUCACAAGCUAGUCUUAAGGAAUAUGCUGACAUCAUCGCCAGAGCCAUUUUGAAGCUUAUUAAAAAUGACUUAGACCUAGAAAUCCAAAAGACUUAUCCAUAUCCAAACAAUAUUUCAUUCCAAGAAAACAUCACUGUGAGUGAAAUUGUCAACAGUAUCUUAAAGAUUUUACACAACAAAAGAUCUGUCAAGGAAAUUAGUUUUUACUCAAAAGACAAUCCUAACUUAUUUUCACAACUAAAUGUGUCAAAUGAAAUAUUGCUGGGACAAAGAGAGCAAGAAAAAAACACCAAACUCUCUCUGUUUCCAAAGUACCCAUUAGAACAAAACCAAAUGGCAUUAGAAAAGGAAAGCCAGAGAAUUGUUUUGGAAGAAAUAUUUAUGAGAAAUGGAAAAUCAAAACAAAAAGGAAAAACUGCAUUAGUCAGUGCAGUGGAACAAGUUUUAAAUGAAGUGUAUCAAAGAAUAAUGGAAAUCAUAGGCCGUUUGCCUUCAUUUAAUGAAAUCCCUCACUUUAUAGCUAAUUCUAAAAGUAAAACAUCAAAUAUGACGCAAUCACAUAUUAACAGUACAGCAAAUGAUAUAGUUGAAAGUAUUUUGGAUAAAAUGUACUCUGUAGUUGUGACAUCAUUAUAUGAAAGUAAUAAAAAAGUAGAAGCAUCUGACAACAGUGAUACCUUACCCAAGAAACCAUCAUGUGUCAGAGAAGCUAAACAAGCAGGAAAAGGAAGUAAUCCCACUAGAUAUAUAAUACCACAGGUUUAUUCUUAUGCAGGCAGUCAAAAUGUCUCUCUACUGGACAACACUUUUUUGCAAUAUUCACCAUUGCAAGUGGGAAAGGAUUUAGUCCAAAUCGUUCUCAGUAAGAUCACAGAUUUUGCCUCACUUCAUCUAGAAGAGACUUUAUCCCCUGAAAGUUGUUCUGAUGAGUUACAACCUCUAAGUCCACACAGUUCUAAAGUGAGCCCUAAGGGUGGCCCUCAGCCAGGUUUUAAAACAAGUUUAAAAACAAGAUCAAAAGUUACUCCUUUGCCUAAAUUUAGAACAAAACUGCAACUAGGACCUAGUGGUGCUAAGGCCAAAAGCAAGACCAAGUUAGGUCCUGGCGAGAAGACUCCAAAAGACAGUCGAUCCAAGUCUGCCACUGGGCUGUCACACAUCCUAUCAAAAGGAGAUGCCAAAAACCUACUAGAAAUGAAAUUGCCCACUUCAGAACUAAAAAUAUAUGCCAAGGAUAUAAUAAGUAAUAUCCUGGAAACAGUUGUGAAAGAAUUUGAAACGGUGAAGCAAACUAGAGCAAUGGUAAAUGUUACAGCUCUACCAUCUGAUCAAAUCAUGGCAGCAAAUAAAAUAGUUAAUAGAGUUUUACAAGAAUUAUAUGCUACAAAUAACCACAAUAUGGUUUAUCCGAUCAAAUGUUCACAUCUGGAUGAUCUCAAGCUUUCACAGGGAAAUAUAGGUGAAGGGUCGAUUGCCAAACCACAAGCAUGUUUUUACUUGGAAAAUGUUUCUUCACAGCUAGAACAGAUUUUUCCUAAAGAAGGUAUUUUUAAGAAAAUGUUUGACAAAUGGCAGGCAGAAUCAAGUGACAUGGAAAAUGAAAAAUGUAAGCUAUUGAACAUAGCUGAAAAUGUUUUGACUGAAAUUUCAAUAAAAGCAAAGGAAUUAGAAUAUUCUCUUUCACUUUUAAAUUUGGCAUAUCUUGAGGAUUGUGAAAGCAGGCUCCAUAAUCAUUUUAAAGGGGCUUCUGCUAGAGCUGAAGACACCAAAGCACAAAUUAAUAUGUUUGGAAGGGAAAUUGUUGAAAUGCUAUUUGAAAAAUUGCAGCUGUGCUUUUUGUCCCAGAUACCCACCCCAGACAGUCAAGAAACUCUAGCAAGUAGGAAGGAACACAUUACUACUAAAAAUAAAUAUGAUUUCCCAACUGAGGACAUCCAUGGCAGUGUGCCAAUCUAUAGUAUGAAGAAAAAAGACCAAAUUUCUUUGGGCUCUAGCAACCAAGUUGUUCAAAAAAUUGUUGAAAGAGUUUUAAACAUGUUAGAGUCAUUUGUAGACUUGCAGUUUAAACAUAUCUCUAAAUAUGAGUUUUCUGAAAUAGUGAAAACACCUAUAGAAAACAUUUUUUCUGUCCAACAGAGACAAUUAAGUAAACAAAUGUUGCCAAAAUUACAACCACUGAACAAGUUUUCUGAUGAAUCCAAGUCAAGUACUAUUUCCAAGGAAAAUGUACAGAAUACCCUUCUACAGGUUCAUUCAUUCCAUUCAGAAUUACUUACAUAUGCUGUUAGUAUCAUCAGUGACAUGCUUGGUAUAAUUAAGAACAAGCUAGACAAAGAAAUAAGCCAAGUGGAACCAUGUCCAAUUGGCAUAUUGAAAGAGAACAUUGUAGCAAGUGAGAUCAUUGGCACACUGAUGGACCAGUGUACUCAUUUCAAUGAGUCUCUGAUCAAAAACCUUCCAAAGAAAAGUUUGUUCCAAGGAGUGGAAAAUACCUACAUUGUUAAUCACGUUGAAUUAGCAACUGGUAUGAAAAUGCCCACAUCAAAGUUAAAGGAAGCUAGUUUGGGGAAUAAUCCUCCACAAAUCAGUGUACCCAGUUUGGUGUUUUAUUCAGAAGAUAUGAAAAAAAAGUAUAGGGCUUCAUCAAAUGUACCCUCAUAUGCCAGAGCCUGUGUAGAAGAUACAGUUAAAAGUUCAGAGCCAAUGGAAAAGCCUGAUUCAGAAAAUACGUCAUCAUGCUCUAGCAACAAAGUACAAGACUUCAGCAGAAAGGAGUCUAACUUUGGCCAUUUUGAUCAAACCAUGAAAGGAAAUAGCUCUCUCCCUGAAGGCAGUGUCUUACAAAAACUGUUUAAGAAAGCGAAUGAAUCCACAGAGGCAGCAUUAAAGCAAGUCAUGUCAUUCAUAGAACUGGGAAAAGGUGAAAAUCCAAGAGUGUUUCAUUAUGACACCCUAAAACUAGUUGUUCCGCCAAACCAAAUUCAGACAACUGUUUCUCCACUCAGAAUAUGUUUAGCUGCAGAAAGCAUCGUCAAUACUGUGCUGUCAAGCUAUGGCUUUCCAAGUCAACCACACAAAAAUGAAAGCAGGGAAACCAUGAAACCGUUUUUCAUGUCAAAGAAAAACCCUUUGUCUGUAAUUUCUGGAGGACAAAAGAAUGAGGAGAAAACUUUGCUUAGAAUGUGGGAUAAAAGAAUCAGCUCUAUACCUGAAGAAGAAAACAAAAAACCUGAAGCCAGCAGGGAAGAUUUCUCUUUAUUGGAAAGAUGGGAAAAUAAGAUGUGCCCAGAGAUAAGGACCCUGAAGGAAGUUGAAGUCAUUGCUUUUGCUGAUCAUGAACUGGGUCCAAAUGAAAUUCAUUUGGUAGCAAGACAUGUUACCACAUCUGUGAUCACAUAUUUCAAGAAUUUAGAAACUAGAGUUUCCAGUGAGGAGAAGGUAUCUGUUAUUUCUACUUUGCCAAGAAAAAAAUGUGACUCAAAACAGCCUCUAAGAAGCAUAUACAAGGAUUCAUCACUUUAUCAAUUUUGUGAAUGUCUCACUGAGUCUGUCAUUUGCCAUUUAAUUUUUAGCAUUUCUGAUAGCACCAGAGAUGGUAGAGAAAAAGAGAAAGCAUGUGAAAGCCAAAAUGCAGCAUUUAACAAGAUUAUUUCAAUUGAUUCUCAAGUGUUUGAGAACAGGUCAAUUUCUGUUGGAGAACUUGCUUUAAAUAUUUCUGAAAUCAUUAUUGAAAUCCUUUUUAAUAGUAACAUUAUAGAGUCUGACAUUGCACAGCAAAUGUUUCCUUUAAAAACAAAGUAUAUUUACUGCCCAGGAGUAGCUACAGCUGACUUUGAUGAUCUCUUUCAGGAUCUCUUAAUAGGAGUGAUUCAUGUACUAUCCAAAGAAAUAGGAAUAAGUCAUCACCUUGAAAACACUGGAAGAAAUAAAUCACUUUCCAUGCUUAGAAGCAGUGAUGUGCCCAUUUGCAACAAAACGAAUACAGUGGAAAGACAGAAAGCCUCCAGAGACUGGGAAUCCUCUACUCACCAAAUUGAUCGUCUCAUUCAAAGAAAUAAAUUAAAUUAUCUGGCAUAUAAGUUAGACAGUCUGGUUGGUAGCCUAAAAACUCGUGAAUCCAAGGAAGUAGUCAAUAAAGUUUUUAAUAUUGUUUUAGAUUUAUUUUUACCAGAUGAACACCCAGGUGAGGUUAUGGACUCUGAUAAAAAAUCAAGUGAUCAGCCAAGUAGUAGAAUACUUGGAAAUAACUUAGAGAUCACCCCAAAAUCAUUUUUUCUUCUCAAUGUUGUGUGUGAAAAACUUAUCAGAACACUUUUGGAAAAAUGCACAAACAGUGUCUUUGCUGAUAAUUUACCUCUUUCUGAUGGGACAUCAGCAGAAGAAUGUCAACUUUUUAAAAUACUUCAAAGUGUAGAAAGUGGAGAAUUUGAUUAUUGUAAGGGAGCAAUGGACUGUGAACAAUUUCAAGGUGAUUAUAUGUCAGACCUUUCAAAAAACCUGGCAGAAAUGGAUCAAGAUUUGUUGUCAUCGGACUCUAUGCUUACUGUUAUUUCCCAUAGCUUAGUUAAAUCAUUGAUGGACAAACUAUGUCACGGUAUACAAGUCCCCCAAAGUCCACCUUUUGCAAACAAGCAUUUAAUGUAUAAAACAAGAGAAAUACAGUCUAGUUUCAUAAAAGCAAAAGGGCCAGAAUUAACAGAAUUGGGACAAGGUAAAGGCUCUUUAAGGUUCAUGAGUUAUAAUGGUAAUGGUUUGACAGGAUCCCUGAAUAAUCCCAGUGUAAUUAGCUCCAAAAUACGAGCACCAUUUGGCAAGAAAUGUUCAGUGAAUUCCUCUUCUGUGCCAUCUCUUCUUAAAAGACAGGGAACAAAGGAUAUGGAUACAAUAGGCAUCUGUAAUAAGCUAUAUCCAGGAGAUAUGAAUACAGGUAUUUAUUCAGCCACAUUUUUGGAGGAAAUAAUCUCAGAACUGUUUUUUAAUCUCUCUCUUUCACUCUGGGGCAAAAAUGAAAACAUCACUGAGGCCCGGCUCAAUGAGAUGAAUACAUUAUUUGUCAACAAUGUAGUGAAUGAGUUUAAUAAUGCACAAGUCACUGUUUUACGGAAUGCUGAAGAAAGGCAGUGUUUUCCACCAAUCCAUAAAGAAACUGUUAGUAGGAUUGUUGGUUCAGUUUAUUGUGAUGUUUUACAGCAAUAUAAAUUGCAAGUGACCUGUGGUAAUAAUCUGACACAUGACAAUACCUCAAUAGCAGAACAAAUAACUAAUGGCAUAUUGUUAGAGAUUUCAGACUACCAACUCCCAUCUUGCUUCAGGGGAAAGCACAUGCCUAAUUCAUAUUACCCUCUCAAAGCUGAAAUUAUACUGCAGAAACUUCAAAAUAACCUGAGACAAUUUACUUCUCAACACAGAUCUUCAACAGGCUAUAGCACUAUGUUAUCACACUCAUUUUUAGAAGAUAUAAUCAGAAGACUUUUAUGUCAACUCAUUCCUCUACCCAGUAAGGCUUCUUCUUUGGGAAACACAUAUUUCAGGAGUUCAGAUUUUAAUGAAAUGUCUACCUGUAUAAUAAAUAAGGUUAUAUCAGCCAUUUCAAAACAUAAAAUUUGGUUCACUAUAUAUGAUAGUCAAUAUCUUUGCACAGGAAAAAACCUCCAGAAGAUGGUGGAUUCUGUUUACAGCAAUCUUGUACAAAUGUCUGACUGUCUUGUUUCAAUACAGAAAAGCAUAAUCAGCCGAAGUCCAAUCAUGGUUGACCGAAUAGCCAGUUUUAUUAUUCAAGCGAUUAUUGAAAAUCAUCUUCAACCAUUUUUGUGUGGAGAAGGUUUACCUCGUCCAAACAAUCCAUCGGAUGCAGUAUCGAAUAUGGUUAAACAGGUUCUCAGUGAAGUCAUAGAGUCACACAGACCCCAGACACCAUCACUCUUAGGUAUUUACCCUCACACAUUUGUAGGGGAAAUUGUUGUCAGACUUUUAUCAAAGAUUUUCAGUCCAAAGCAUAACACUGAAAUUGAACUAGAAAAAAUGACCCCAAAAAUAGUAAACUCAAUAAAUAACCAUUUUGACAAAGCUAAAAUUCAUAUUCUGUAUGAUGACAAAGAACAGUCUCACUCCUCUGUAGAUACAGAUAUUGUGGAUGAACUCGUCACCUCAGUUUAUGGAAACGUUUUAAAACAGCAUGGGCUGGACCCUGAAGUUGAUAAAGAACUUGAAGACAGUGAUAUUUUUGUGGAAAAUAUUACCAAUUUAAUUGUAGCAGCUAUUACAGAUUACCUUCUUCAUCCAUUAUUUUCUGGGGAUUUGUCAUCUUCCUAUUCUCUUUCAACAGCUGAGAAUAUUUUUCAGGAUGUUCUUAGUAAUAUCAGUAAAUCUACCAAGCCAAGUCAGAGUUUAUCUCCAUACAACACCUUGCUACCAUACACAUUUUUAGAAGAUAUGAUCAGAGUACUAUUAUCUAGGAUCUUUCCUUCUGCAUCUAGCAUUGUUCCAAACAAAGAAACUCCAAAAGACAGAUCAAGAGUGAAUUUCAAUGAAAUUGCUUCAAAGAUAAUCAGUGAUAUUAGGAUGAAAAUUUCCCAACAUGAAAUUCGAUUUUCAAAAGAUGAAGAAGAAACCAAGUUUGUUUAUUCAGAAGAUGAUGUCCAGCAUCUCGUUGAUUCAGUGUUCAAAAAUAUUUCACAAAACUCUGAGUCUCAAGAAUCAGUUGAGCAAAAUAUCACAAGCAGUGAUGAUGUUCUUAUUGAUAGAAUAGCAGGUUUUAUCAUUAAACAUAUCUGUCAACAACAUCUUCAGCCGUUUGUGGAUGGGAAGUCAUUACCUUCUUUGUCAUACACAUAUUUUGAUGAUGAGAGAAGGCAGUGGUUUUCUGCCACUGUUUAUUCCUCAACGUUUUUGGAAGAUGUGGUCUCUGGGGUCUUAAGCAAAAUAUUCCACAGGGUGUUAGGCAUUGUACAAAUGAAAUCAGCAAGAGAUUCAGAAGAUGAACUGUUUGAUAAAGCUGAAAAACUCAUAACUUUGAUAGCAGAGGAAUUUUCAAAAGCCCAAGUUAGCAUUCUAGAGAAUGCUGAGGAACAAUUCUGUUUGCCUCCAGUGGAGACAGAUAUAGUCAAAAACAUUAUUGACAUGGUGUACAGCAAAGUUUUGCAAGAAUAUGAUAUGGAAAUAAUGCCUGAUAAAGAUUUUCUAAGUGACACUAAGACACUGGCUGCAAAGAUAACUAAAAUCGUCCUGGCCGAAACUUUUGAUUUCCAAAUUCAUCCAAAUCUUAUAGGAAAGCUUCCUUUUAAGUCACACUCCAAACUCAGUACUAAUGUUUUGAUAAAGAGAGUUCAGUGUGACAUUACUAAAUCAAGGUUCCAAAGACAAGCUUCAACAAUAUAUACUACUAUGCUAUCACAUACUCAUUUAGAAAAAAUCAUCACCCAGCUUAUAUCUCAGAUAAGUCCAUUGGCCUCCAGUGCAGAACACCCAGAUACUUGUCAAUCAGACCUAAGUAAGACUGUCUUAAAACUGAUAAAUGAAAUCAUGUCAAUAAUUUCAAAACAUGCAAUAUGUAUUAUUAAACACGGGAAUGAAAAACAAAGCAAGAUUUCAGAAAAAGAUAUCCAGUCUAUGGUUGAUUCCAUUUAUGCUGAUCUUUCACAUUCAAAUGUAUACCAGUCUCUUACAAAAAAUAAAAAAGGUAUAAGUAACAUACCUGUUUCAAAAGUAGCAAGUUGUAUAAUAAAAGAAAUAUUUAACCAUCAUCUUCAGUCAUUUUUAUCUGAAGAUAAAACUCUCCUUUCAGCUGCAGUUGAUCAAACUUGUAAACAAAAAGCAAUAGAUUCUAAACAAAGAGAGUUGUCUUUCAUUGUGAACUCAGCUGUCUUUGUCGAGGAAGUAAUUUCUGAGCUUUUAUGUAAACUCCUUUAUGCAUUCUCACAUAAUGUCUUGGCUGCUGAAAACCCAGAUACAGUAAAAGCCACAAUUACUGGCAUUGUUACAACAUUAGUAAAGUCAAUUGUUCUGGAGUUCAACACAUCAGAGAUUUUAGUUGCAGAUAACUCUGAUGAUGAUAUGUGUUUUUCAGAAGGAUAUAAAGAAAUGGUUCAAAAAACAGUCAACCUAAUUUAUGAAAAAAUAUUAGAUGAAUAUAAAUCUCUGAUUCAAGUAUAUAGGGCUAUACAAAGUGACAGUAUUUGUUUUGGAAGGAAAAUAUAUCAUUUGCUAUUGGAAGAAAUUUAUGAUUAUCAGGUGCAGUUGUUGGUUUCAGGAGAAUUGGUAUCUUCUUCUUGUUCUUCCCUUCAAGCUGAUAAUAUCAUCAGAAAUGUGCUCAGUGUCAUCAUGAGGGAUACCUACUCCUUGCCAUCAUGUGUUACUGUGCUGCCUCGUUCUCUUUUAGAAGAUAUGAUUUCCAAGCUUCUAGUGCAUAUGUUCCCUUCAACUGACACUGAAAGUGAACUAGAAAAGGAAGAGGUUUUACCAGAUUAUGAGUUUGCGGAUGAAGCUUCAAAACUGACUGAUGAAAUUAUCAAAGAAAUUUCUGAACAUGAGAUCCGUCUUGCCAGGGCAGAGGAGAAUGCAGAAAGUGUGCAGUUAGAAAUGAUUGAGAAUUUGGUUGACUCUAUAUGUAAUAAUAUUUUGAAAAAAUCUGAAUUUCAAGCUGAAGUACAGAAAGAUGCAGACAAAAGAGGAGGCUCAUUCCUCAGUAAAAUAGCUGGUUUCAUUAUGAAGGAAAUCAUGGAUCAUCAUCUGCAGCCAUUUUUACAUGGUGAAGAAUCAUCUUCCAGUUACUUAUCUGAUUAUAACCAUGUCUCUGUACUUACUAAAGCUGGUAAAGAAAAGGCACAGCCUUCUCUAUAUUCAGCCACAUUUUUAGAAGAUGUAAUCGUUGACCUUGUUCACAAAUUUUAUUCUUUUCCAAGUAUUACUGAAGAUUCUAAGAAAAAAGAAAUGCCAGAGCCAGAGGUUGUCAGCUUGGCUAUAAAAUUUGCAAACUCUCUGAUAGGAGAAUUUAGAAAAAGUGAAAUUAAAGUUCUACCAAAUGCUGAAGAAGUGUUCUGUUUUCCACCAGUUGGUAAAGAUACAGUUGAUAAAAUAUCCAAUUUUGUGUAUGAUCAGUUCAUAGGAAAUUACGAGUCUAAUGAUAUUCAGAAAGAUGAUAAGAGUAACAUUGUUAUAGAAAUGAUUGCUGCUUUAGCCCAGAAGGCAAUCUCUGCUUUCAAGAUUCAACCACUUUUUUCAGGAGACUGGUCUUCCACCUUCUUUUCAUUUCUAAACCCAGAUAACAUCACCCAAAGGGUUCAACACCUACCACAGAAAAUCUCUACACAGAUAAACAGAUGCUUAAAAGGGAACCAACUUACUUUACCAGAAAAAUCAUAUAAAUACACUUCUUCAACCUCAGACCAGAAAAAUGUGUUGGACACUUUGGAAAUAGACAGAGGUGCAAUGAGUAGAAAGAAGAGUUUCAAAACUGAGGAAGCAUCAAUGAGGAAAGGUGACAUCCAAGAUCCAAUAGUUACCUCUCUAACUAAAUUUAUGGCAAACAACAUGUUUAACUUGUUGUCAGGGUCACCUGCAGGUGUGGUAAAUAAAAAAAAAGAGAAUAAAAAUAAAAUGGGAAUUUCAAUUCAAAAACAUAAUGAGACUGUAUCAAAAGUUACUUCUCCAACUACUAGUGUGAAAAGUAAAGAUACUCAGGAGCCAGAUUUGAGGAUAACACUUAAAAAUAAGGAAAUUGAGAAUAAAAGCAUAUCAGCUUCAAAAGAUAAGGAGGGGCAAGGUAAUGAGGUACAUACACAAUUUCCAGUAGCUACUGAUGAUAGAGAAUGUGAGAAGGAAAUACUUGUACCAUAUUUUGAGAUAGACGAUGAAAUGAAGAUUGACAAAUCAGAAAAUUCAUUCAAAAAAGAAGACAAGUCCUUUCAGCUAUCUUCCUUGACAUCCAAAGUGAGAAAUACAGGGAGCUCAACAGAGAAAACUUUGAGAACAGUUGACCAAAGGCCAAACAAUGAGGGGGGAAAAGACUCUCCAGUUCAAGUAGAUAUAAAUGAGGCACAAUACUCAGAUUAUGAAAGUGUUCAAAAUGUCAUUGAAAAUAUUUAUGAUGAUAUAUUAGAAAGAGAUUAUUCUCAAGAAUCAGCAGAUUAUUCAAAACUCCAGAGCCCCCCAAGUGAAACAGCAUUGGAUGUAAUUCAAGAGGUUGGCGAAGAUUUUGUACAGUCUAUUUCAGCAAAGGAUUCAUCCCUUUCAAUUAACAAAAAUCUCCCUGCCAGAGAGAAAGAGACGAAGAGAGAGAAAGAUAAAGAAAGAAAGAGAGAGAGAGAGAAAGAGAGAGACGGGGGUGAAAAUAAAGAGAAAGAGAGAGACAAAGAGAAAAGGAAAGCUGAGAUUAAAAAUGAACCUAGUAAAACAGCCAGUCUUCAGCACCUACCAAAAAGUAAACCUGGAAUUUUUCCUGCUAAAUUUUUAGAAGAUGUUAUCACUGAAAUAGUUAACAAAUUGAUCUUUUCUUCCUCACCAGAAACACAAACAUGUGAUAAAUGUCAGAAAGUAAGCAAUGGUGAAAAUCAAGCUGAACUCUAUGACACAGCUAUGAAACUUCUCAAUUCACUAUUAAAGGAGUUUUCAAAUGCUCAAAUUAAGGUAUUCAGGCCAGAUAAGGAAAAUAAGUUUUCUUCACCUGUAGAUAAAGUGUCAUCAGUUCCUAAAGUAUCUCCCAGCCAUAAAGAAUCAACUAGAGAAGAAGCAUCAUCUAGCAUUCAGAAAAUAACGGCAGAUAAAAUGCCACAUAUAUAUAAAAUGACUAAAAAUUCCUCUUCAGAUAAGAUACCUUUUCCAGAUAAAAUACCAGCAACUGAUAAAACACUAGUCAACAAAGUUGUUCACUCCUCUAUAUGCAAUAUUUUGAAGGAAUAUAGAUCUCAAGACGCCAUUUGUAAGAAUAUAAAGAGUAAUGGGGAAAGUUUAGCAAGAAGACUAACUAACACUGUGAUAAAUGAAAUUUUUCAACAUCAACUUAAUUUGAUAUCUUCUGAUAAUGUUCCAGCUUCAGCUUGUUUUCCUCUGGAAUCUAAGGAUGUUGUUAAAAAGGUCCAAAAUGUGGCUCAAACAGCCAGCAAAGACUGUCAAACAUCAUCACCAUACACCAUCAUGCUGCCUCAUGAAUUUUUAGGGAAUGUGAUUGCUGCUCUUUUAUCUAAAAUUUUCUCAACAGUAUCAAACACCAAAGCAGAAACAUCUGAGGGCAAGUUGUUCACAGAACUGGAUUUCCUUCAAAUGAAGUUAUUAAGUACAGUUACAACAGAGAUCUCCAAAGAUGAAGAUAUGAUUAUACGGUAUGUGGAAACCUUACAUCCCAAUGAUGAUGAAAUUAUUCAAUUAGUGGUUGAGUCUAUGUAUAAUAAUCUCUUGUCACAGUUUGGAUCACAAGAGAUUAUACAAAAUUGUGUAGCCAGUGGAUGCAGAAUCCUUUCAGAAACCAUAGUUGACUUAGUUCUACGAGAAGUAGCUGGUAAUCAGUUGCAGAACUAUUUUUCUGGAGACCUAACUCCCUAUCAGUGUGCAGAAGUUGACAGUGUUGUUGAAAAUAUUCUUAAAGAUGUUAUCAAAACUGCUGAUGCUCCCCAGCCUCAACCAUCACAUACUCAUAUACUGCCUUAUAACAUAAUAGAAGAAAUUGCUGUCAACUUUUUAUCAAAGCUUUUAUCUAUGUUUCCAAAAGUGGAUAAGGAAAGAAACAAAUCUCUUGAAACAGAAAUGCAAAAAAUAACCUCAAAAAUAUUAAAUUCAAUUCAAGAAUUUAUCUCCAAAAGUAAGAUUAAACUUGUACCACCAGCCAAGGAGUUGCCUACUGUACCUUUAGCUGAGAAUGAAGCUAUUGAAAAAGUAGUUAAUUCUGUUUAUACCAGUGUUUUAAAGCACUCUGGCUCCUAUACUUCUAUAUUUAAAGAUUUGUUGGGUAAGAGCAAUAUCCUCUCUGAUAUAAUAGGUUUUUUAAUGGUGAAGGAAAUUUCCAAUUCUGAAUUUCAACGUCAAGUAGAGGAAGAAGUAUCAAGUUCAGAAUUAGUCCUUGAAGCUGUCAAAAUUUUGGAAAAAGCGGUCAAAAUUGUUGAUGGAUUUAAGUACCAGGAAAAGUUUCCGUGCAAAAAAGGUGCUAUGUUAGAUGCCAUGUUUUUGGAGGAAGCGUUGGCCUUGUUCUUGGCUAAAAUAGUAAGGUUGCCAAGUGCCUCAAGCAAAGAUGCAAAAAACUUAAAGCCUGACUUAAAUAAAAUUGCAUCUCAACUGACAAAGUCUGUGACAGCUGAAAUUUCCAAAAGUAAUAUCAGUCUUGUUGCUGCUGAUCCUAAGGAACACUUUUUAAAUCCAGAAAGUGUAGAAGUUGUUUCUCAAAUUAUUGAUUCUGUUUAUAGUGAAGUACUGCAACAGUUUGGAACUCAUAACGAACUUUAUGAUGAUAUAAAAGAUACAAACAGAGUUUUCCCUAAAAAAGUGGCUAAUUUGAUUAUUAAUGGAGUUUCAAAUUUUCCAUUAGAUACAGUUAGCUCAAAGAAUUCAAAUCCAAAUCUCUUUGGAGAUCUGGACAUUAAUAGAAUUGUUCAAAAGGCACAAGAGCAUGCUGGUAAAAUGAUCCCUGACUUAGAGGAAGAAGACUUAGCUCAAGAUUCAUUUGGAGAGGAAUUUCCAAUUAAAAUAGUUCCACAUGUUGGGAAUAAACCAAUCAAAAUAGAUCCACACAUUAUCUCAGAACACUUAGCAGUAAUUUCUGUAAAAACUCAACCUCUUGAGAAACUUAAGAUGGAGUGUUUAAGACAAACUGGACAUAACAUAGAAGAACUGAGAAGAGUAUCAAUAAGUGGGAGAGGUUACUCCUCAGACACAUCUGAUGUAGGGAAGUUGAAGAGAGAAAGACGUAUCUCAUUGGAUAGGACUGGACGACUGGCUGUAAAACCCUUAGAGGCUGUCUGCAGAAAUUCAUUUCAGAAUAUAAGAAAGCCAGAUAUCACCAAGGUGGAGCUUUUAAAAGAUGUUCAGAGCAAAAAAGAUCUUAUCAUUCGGUUAGUAGCUCAUGAUAUUGAUCAAGAAGAUUCAGAAAGUGGCAGAGAGGAGGAACCAAUGUCUGAUGAGGAUGAAGUUGUUUUACGAGAGAUAGCACAAGAAGAACACGUAGGAGAACAAUUUGAAGAUCAAGUGAAAGAAGCCAUGAAGCCAGCAGAAGGCAUGGUUGGUUCUCCCAAGACAACACAAAGCACAUACAGCCUGAAAAAAUUUUUGUCACUAAGCAAAUGUUGUCAACUCACAUCCAGUGCAAAUAUUGAAAGUAUUGAAGCAACCUCAAAUCAUAUAAUAGAACCUAAGGAGAGACAAGUUAAAAGAGCUGUUGCUGAGCUUGACAUGGCCACUAACUCAACAACCACGACUCAAACAUCCUCCUCUUGGGAGAAAAAAGCACAGCCUAAGAAAGAAGAAAAGACUCUUAUUACUGAACCAACACACUACCUCAUACACAGAAUUAUGAGUUCAUCUUCAUACAACCAAGAAGAUUUCAUUUCAUAUGCCGGUGAAACUGAAGCUUGUACCCCAGAUACAAGUGCUAAAAUAUUAGAAGAAAGUUCUCAGGAACAAAAGCCAGAGAAUUCAAGCAGUGUUAAGUUUAUCACCAUCUUUGAAGGAAACAAGCAUAUUCCUGGCAGUGGGCAUCCCUCAAAAGAAGUCAUUUCAGAUACUCCCAAGCCCACUAUUUCCAAACCAGGAUCUAAAAUGCUAGAGAAGGUAUCUUCAGCUCUGUCAAAGGUGUUUUCUAGAACUGGCACCAGUACUUCCAAAUCUUCCUCACCACCUCACCAGGACGAGCACUGA